UGCAAUUCGAAGCGCAAUGGCGUUCCGCGCGCCAUCUAGCGAGGCUAGUUGUAACUACGACGUAUCGAGCGACAUCAUUGGUCGUGAUUCAGUAUUGGCUAAUAUAGCAGUGAGUGCUGCCUCUCGCGGCGAGAGUUGAAGUUUGGAGUUGACCUGUGAGCUUGUAAGAACAAGCACGGUAAAAAUGCGUUGAGAACGAUUUGUAUAAGUUUGCUGUUUUUGUAUCGCGACGCGCGUUAAAAUAGUGUCUAAGGUGUAACUCGUUGCAUUAAAAUAAGUGUUAGUUGAGCCCAGUGGUUUGAUUCAACGCCCAGAUACCAUCCCCUGGCCGAGGUAGCUUCGGGGACGGCGCCGGUCCUCGCUCUGGACCUUAAAAGAGCGUGGUGGUCCAGCCUAGGUGUGAGGGGCCGGAGACGACGCGUCGACGGCUACGAGCACCAUUUCUUCGGUGUACCAGACCGGCGGGUCCAGGACCUGGCCGUGUAGCGUACAUUUUGGUGGCCCAUGAGGGGAACGAGCGAUAUCAGCACGAUAUUGGAAGAUAACCCCCGAAUUGGGACAAGAUUCAGGACCGAAGCGGUCUACAAUCAGCAGAAUCGAGGAUUCGCGUCAUUCCAGCAUUUAGUGUUAAAUUCCGUGCGUUGGACGCUAAAUAACGAAGUGAAAAUCAAAACCGCAUGGGUUUUUAGGUUAUUAGUGUUGUGCCAAUUUCAUUGAACAGAUUACCGGUUAAGUUGCCAAGUUGGUAACAUUGAGUGACUAACUUCACAUCGAACAACUGUCAGCUGUCAGAAUCGGCCAUAGUGUAUAGACUCUAAGUUACGUCAAACUUCAAGUUGUUGACAUAUUAAACGUCAAAUUCAUUUACUUGCCGGAUCGAUAUUGUUAAUCGCUAUUAUAAUAUAGAAAACAAGUGUUACAAUUUAGAGUUAACUUUACUGUGAGAUAUUUGUGUUCAUAGCAAACAUGUCGCUAAAAGCCGCAAAGGUUCAAUUAAAGACCCGUUAUUUAAUGUUAACGGAUUAUGCUGGCACAAUUGUGGUACGACCAGGCACGAUCGCCGCGACCGUAGCAAGGAGGCAUUUCCGAGAAGCCUACAAAACGUAUGUUUCGGCAUACGAGUCAUUGGUGGCGAGUGAUUCGGAACUUGCAGAGGAGGAAAGACUACUGUACCAGCAGCAAUUUAGCGAGGUAAAUCGACUCCUCAUUCAAUUGGAUGAGGCAUCAGAGGAAGAGGAGUCCGGGAGGCCCUCAACCUCAAAACAUCAAGAAGUUGCCCCUGCGCGUAAAGACACUCUUUGA